AUGAUCCAGUCCAGUCCUUACUACCCACAAUCAAAUGGCCAAGCAGAAUCCAGCAACAAGAUUUUGGUAAACAUUAUCAAAAAAGUGGUGAUGGACAAUCCGGAGAAAUGGCAUGAAAAGUUGGGAAACACUUUGUGGGCAUACAGGACUUCCAGGCGGGCAGGAACAUGCACAACUCCAUAUGCUUUAACCUUCGGGCAAGAUGCAGUACUUCCCAUGAAGAUCAAUGUAAGUUCUGUCAGAAUUCAGAAUCAGUUCGGGUUACACAGUGAAGACUGGUUUUCCGAUGUCUCCCUGGAUAUGACCCGAUCAGGUGAUCGGGUUGUGCGGCCAAAACGCGCCUGGUAG